AUGUUUCCUCACAACAGCGUCAGCCCGCUGCUGCCAUCGAAGCGGAAAGCUCCAUCGGAGGAGCAGCAGCAACAGCAGCAGCAGCAGCAGCAGUUUUCGGUCUCCCUGCCUGUGGCGCCCCUGGAGACCCAUCAUCUGUAUAGACAACUGUUCUCGCAGCAGCAGCAGCAGCAGCAGGUGCUGCAGCACCGCUCCGACCUACAGAUUGUGCAGAGUCUACUAGAGGGUUGUCCGCUUCGAGUGUCUGCUGCUGAGCUGGUAAAUGAGAAGCUAGGGGCCCGUGCGCUGCGUCUAGAUGACAGCAGGAGGCAGCAGCGGCAGCGGCAGCAGCAGCAACAGCAGCAGCAGCAGAAGCAGAAGCAGCAGCAGCUGAAGCUCUCCCGUACCCAAGCCAAGCGACUCGGCCUAUUUGAUGUUGCAGCGGAAUUCGGCUGCUGCAGCAGCAGGAACCGCCGCAGACAGCAGCAACAGCAGCAGCAGCAGCAGGGUUUAGGGCUCCAAGACUUAUUGCCAUUAUUUGAUCUAUGGCAGCAGUAUGCAUUAUCUGUGUGUGGCAUUGAGUCUUCAGCAGCAGCAGCAGCAGCAUCGGGCAGCAGCAGCAGCAGCAACAGCAACAGCAGCGGGAAGAGCAGGAAGCAGAAGGGGGGCCUCCCGGGGGGCCCCCAAGGGGCUUUGGGGUUUAAGAUGCACUAG